AUGGAAUCUUUGGCAGAAACGCCAUGGGAUGUAACAAUCUCUGGUACAGGGCUGGCGCAGUCUCUUCUAGCAUUGGCACUCUCCCGGUCAGGCAAGAAGGUACUUCACGUUGACCGUAACCCAUAUUAUGGAGGCUCUGAGGCAGCAUUCAGCCUUCAGGAAGCUGAAGAGUGGGUUUCCCAACUAGAACCGAAGUCUUUCUCUUUUGAAGACGCGUCCAUUUUGAGGCCUGGGCAAACACAGGAGUGCAAUGCUCAGCUAGCUUCUUCUCGAGCAUACACACUUACGUUGUCACCGCAACUGAUUUAUUGUCGAUCUGCGUUGUUGCCCACGCUGGUGUCCUCGAAGGUCUACCGCCAGCUUGAAUUUCAGGCGGUUGGAAACUGGUGGAUUUACAGGCCUUCGGGCAACUUGGCUUCUGAGAGCAGUGACACGGCUGUGAAUGCAUUCUCAGAUUUGUACCGUGUGCCGAGUAGCCGCGAAGAUGUUUUCGCCGAUGACGUGAUCAGCGUUAAAUCAAAGCGAACGCUGAUGAGAUUCCUCCGGCACAUCGCCAAGCCUCAACAGGAUGAUGAAAGCUCGUCGGAACAGGAUGAUCUGACCGGGUCGUUCCCGGACUAUCUCACCUCCAAUUUUCAAGUCCCUGCCGAGCUUCACGAUCCCCUUCUAUCGCUUUCAUUGGCCCAGAGUUCUCCAACCCAGACGUCAGCCGGAUAUGCUGUGACGCGCAUCAAGAGGCACUUGACCUCUAUGGGUGUCUUCGGUCCUGGAUUUGGAAGCUUGGUUGCCAAAUGGGGUGGAGGAUCCGAGAUUUCUCAAGUAGGCUGCCGAGCUCUCGCAGUCGGGGGCGGAGUAUACGUCUUGGAUUCUGGGAUCAAGUCGGUCAGAAAUGACCCUAUUGAGGCUGAUAAUAGCGACGUCGGUCGCAUAGAAGUUCAACUUGCCAAUGAUGAGUCGAUUAAAACUCGGUUCCUAGUUGGUUCAAACUGGGAUCUUCCUGCGAACGUCCUGGACCCUGCUCGUUAUGAAAAGGUUUCGCGGUCAAUCACGGUUGUCUCUUCGUCUCUGGAAAGUCUCUUUCCGGUUACUGCAGAAGGUGGUCCAAUUCCUGUGUGUGCAGUUGUGGUAUUCCCAGGAGCUCUUUUAGGUCAACCAGAGGACUCAGCCCCAGUAUAUAUUCUGGUUCACUCCAGCGAGACUGGCGAGUGUCCAUCGGGACAAAGUGUCUUGUACUCUAGUGUCUCCAUACCUGGGCCUGAUGGUCAAUCGCUUCUUGAAAGUGCUAUACACAAACUCCUUCAGUCCAGUGCAGAUCUCAACGCAAAGAUCUUGUGGUCCUUGCGUUUUACACAGUUGGGGCGCCUGAGCCAGGACGUUCGUGGUACCCCUAGAAUCCAAAGAAGCUCGCUGUCAGCGAACAUACUCUCCUUCCCGCCUCCUAGCCUUGAUCUCGCCUUUGACGAUGAGCUCAUUGACGCGGUGAAGGACGCGUGGAAGAUAAUCAUGGGCGAUCAAGCUUCGGAUGACUUCAUGAAUUUCGAGGACCGGGAAGGUGCUUAUGAUGCUGAUUGA